AUGGCUGCAUUUAUUGCCAAACAGAUGGUUGGUAACCAACUAAAGUCUGUAAAAGGUGCUAUGGGUGACAAAGACGGUGAGGGGGGAGAUGCAUCAGCUGAAGAUGGCCCUAAUUCAGAGCAGCAGAAUGAAAUAGAGGAAGCACGCAGAGAGGCGGAGGAGAAACGAAAGGAGAAACAUAGAAAGAUGGAAGAGGAAAGAGAAGAUAUUCGACAAGGCAUACGAGAUAAGUAUGGAAUCAAGAAAAAGGAGCCAGAAGUAGAUCCAGCCUCACUCCUACAGGAGGAUGGAGAUGGACGACUAGGUCGCAAGAAAAAGACACCUGCAGAACUUGCAGCUGAGGCAAAUGCUGAUUCAGAGGAUGAAGAUGAAUUUACAAUGCCAAAAAGUCUUGAUGAAUUGAAAUCGAAAGUGGUCACUAGUGUUGGGGAGGUAACUGAAAAGUGUACACUACAGUGA